CGCGACAUGGGCUCGCCGCGCGGAGUCUAGCCGGCCCCCCCGGGGAGGAGGACUUGACGGCGCCGCGGGGGGUUGGAGAUGGAGCCCGGUCUGUUGGGGAUUUACCUGCUCCUGCCACUCUUGCUCCUGCGCAGGUCCGGCGCCAAGGAGAUCACGUGCCAGGAAAUAGCCGUGCCGCUGUGCAAAGGCAUCGGCUACAACUACACGCACAUGCCCAACCAGUUCAACCACGACACGCAGGACGAGGCCGGCCUGGAGGUGCACCAGUUCUGGCCGCUGGUGGAGAUCCAGUGCUCGCCGGACCUCAAGUUCUUCCUGUGCAGCAUGUAUACGCCCAUCUGUUUGGAGGACUACAAAAAGCCGCUGCCGCCUUGCCGGAGCGUGUGCGAGCGCGCCCGCGCCGGCUGCGCGCCCCUCAUGAGGCAGUACGGCUUCCCGUGGCCGGACCGGAUGAAGUGCGACCUGCUGCCGGUGCAAGGCAACCCCGACACGCUGUGCAUGGACUACAACAGGACCGACUCCACCACCACCACCGCCGCCUCGCCGGUCCUCUCCAAGCCCACUAAUAACCCCGGGAAGGGGUACAACCCCCCCAAGGUGAAGCCCGGGGCGCCCCGGAAGUACAAGCCGGGCGCCGCGCCCUGCGAGCCCGGGUGCGCCUGCUCGGACCCCAUGGUGCCGGUCGACGCCGAGCGCCACCCGCUGUACAACCGCGUGAAAACGGGUCAGGUCAGCAACUGCGCCAUGCCGUGCCACAGCCCCUACUUCACCCCCGACGAGAGGGCCUUCACCGCCUUCUGGAUCGGGCUCUGGUCCGUGCUGUGCUUCGUGUCCACCUUCGCCACCGUGGCCACCUUCCUCAUCGACAUGGAGCGCUUCAAGUACCCGGAGCGGCCCAUCAUCUUCCUGUCCGCCUGCUACAUGUUCGUGUCGGUGGGCUACAUCGUGCGGCUCGUCGCCGGCCACGAGAAGGUGGCCUGCAGCCGGGAGUACGACGUGGAGCACAUCCACUACGAGACCACGGGGCCGGCGCUGUGCACCGUGGUCUUCCUCCUCAUCUACUUCUUCGGCAUGGCCAGCUCCAUCUGGUGGGUCAUCCUGUCCCUGACUUGGUUCCUGGCCGCCGGGAUGAAGUGGGGCAACGAAGCCAUCGCCGGCUACUCCCAGUACUUCCACUUGGCGGCGUGGCUCAUCCCCAGCAUGAAGUCCAUAGCGGUCCUGGCGCUGAGUUCUGUGGACGGCGACUCUGUGGCCGGGAUCUGCUACGUGGGCAACCAGAACCUGGACAACCUGCGCGGGUUCGUCCUGGCCCCUUUGGUUAUUUACCUGUUCAUCGGCACCAUGUUCCUCCUGGCCGGAUUCGUGUCUCUCUUCCGGAUCCGGAACGUCAUCAAGCAAGGCGGCACUAAGACGGACAAACUGGAACGACUCAUGAUCCGGAUCGGCGUUUUCACCGUGCUCUACACGGUCCCGGCCACCGUCAUCGUGGCCUGCUUCUUCUACGAGCAACACAACAGGCACAAGUGGGAGACGACCCACAACUGUUCGGACUGCCUCCAGGAGCGCGACCGCAGCCGGCCGGACUACGCCGUCUUCAUGUUGAAGUACUUCAUGUGCCUUCUGGUGGGCAUCACGUCCGGGGUGUGGAUCUGGUCCGGCAAGACUCUGGACUCCUGGAGGACUUUCUGCACCCGGUGCUGCUGGGGCAGCAAGGCCACGGGCGGCUCCAUGUACAGCGACGUGAGCACGGGCCUGACGUGGCGGUCCGGCACGGCCAGCUCCGUGUCUUGCCCCAAGCAGAUGCCAUUGUCGCAGGUCUGAAUGGAAGCCCACCAAAGCAGCUUAGGACUGCUAAUUGUCGGGAGAUAACCCCACACGCCCUCCCGGUCUUAAGCAAUUUGCAUCGGAAAGAACUUCCAAUCUCCAACUUUCGGGGCAUUACUUCAGUUUUUUCUACCCAUCCUGUGCCAGAUAGUCGUCUCAAAGCCUUAAGAGUCUUAAGAGUUUGCUUCUUUUACGGGUCGUUCAUUUUUUGUAAUUCCAACAAAGUAUUUAUAUAUUAUGUAUAUUUGUGUAUAAAAGAGAAGUUUAUAAGUAGUGUAUAUUUUGUACAAAGUGUAGAUGUUUCUUGAAAAACUUCUAUUUUGACAAUAAAACCUUUGAUA